AUCUCUACUAUUGCAUUUUCUCUCUCAAUCAAUAUCAAAGUAGAUCGAUAUGUUGGUGGUAGCGGUAGUAUUUGCUGUUCUGUUCUUGAUCGCGGCCCCUCUUAUAUUUACCUUGUGCGUCUAUUGCUUUACUGCUGAUCGGACGGUGCCAACGGAAACUGAUCCUGAAUCUGGUCAACCUGAACAUGCAUGUCAAAACGUAAAGAAGUUACCGGAGACUAUUCCGGCUGAGCUCCAUGUACCUCCACCCACAGUCAUAAAGAAGCUUAAAAGCUAUCGGCCGAGGGAUAUUUCUUAUGAAGAACUAGAGAGAGCAACAAAUGGUUUCUCCGAGAAUAACUUACUAGGCGAAGGCGGAUUUGGAAAAGUUUAUAAAGGAAUCUUACACGAUGAAGUGGUCGCAGUGAAGAAACUUAAAGCUGGGAGUGGACAAGGGGACGAAGAGUUUGCGGCGGAGGUUGAGUUCAUAAGCCGUGUCCACCACAGGCAUCUCGUCGAGCUCAUCGGAUACUGCAUUGAUGGAGAACAACGGUUGCUUGUUUACGAGUUCAUUAAAAAUAACUCGUUAAGGGUUCAUUUGCACGGACAGGGGAGAUCAACCAUGAAAUGGGCAAAAAGAAUGAGAAUUGCCAUAGGCUCUGGCAAAGGAUUAGAAUAUUUACAUGAACACUGUAAGCCAAGAAUUAUACACCGUGACAUCAAGUCAGACAAUAUUCUUCUUGAUGAUAACUUUGAAGCUAAGGUUGCAGAUUUUGGACUUGCCAAGUUUUUUCCAGAUUUUUUCACUCAUGUUACCACUGUAGCUAAAGGAACUCCUGGGUAUGUGGAUCCAAAUUACUUCAAAACGCAUAAACUCACCCAUAAGUCAGACGUCUAUUCUUAUGGUGUUGUGCUUCUUGAACUUAUUACUGGCAAAAGACAUGUUGAUGCCGGCAUUAAUAUUGUUUCUUGGGCUAUUCCACGAAUUAAACAAGCUUUGGAGGUUGGCACUUUUGAAAAUGUGGUUGAUCCCAGAUUGGGAAAGAACUAUGACUUGGUGGAGAUGAUUCGAAUGAUAAAAUGUGCUUUAGCCUGUGUGCAUAAACUUCCGCUGCAUCGGCCACAAAUGAGCCAGGUGGUUCGCAUUUUAGAAGGAAAUAACAUUGGUGGUUAAUGGUUUCGGCUUGGCUAAGUAAGAUCGUCGGAUCGAACCUGCAAUCAUAAGAACAGUCAGAAUGAACCGGACCAGUUGAGAUUGACAACACUCUAAUACAUAAGUCAGUGACCGGUCGACAGAGAUGCUAUAUCUAAAGUUGAUGAGUAAAAUUGGGUUUAAGUGUACCUGCUACUUGCACAUAUAUAACUAUUUUGUCUCAUGUAUAUGUGUUUUAGUAUGAUUCUACUAAUGUAGAAGUAUUUAUCUUAGACUUUAUUAUCUUGGAGAUAAUCGUGUUACUUCAAUCAAAUCUCAAUUUUAUGGGAUCAAAUUUGAUA